UUGCCGUGCAUGGUUGACUUCAUUUCUCCGGGUUUGCAGCCGCGUUACGCCUUAAUUCGACGCCCGGACAUUAUUAAUUCUUGUUCCUGUCCAGAAUGCCUGGUUUUAUAAACUCUAUAUAAGUACGCAUGUUUAUUGGUAAACCACCGUCAAUGAGUGAUUGUCGGUUGAAAAGUGCUAAUCGAAAUGAAGCUCAUCCUGGCUAGUAUCGUGCUGGUCGCGGGCGCCGUCAGCGCAACGUACCAUCCUUACUACCAUGGCUACAACCCUUACGCAGCCUUGCAGGCACUUGGACUGUACAACCACUAUGUUGCACCCGUUCCGGCAGUUCCGUUCUCCGGUACCUACUCGUAUCAUGACGGUCACAGGCCUACGGUAGUGCAAGUGAACAACGGCGGCGGAGGUGCUGGUCACGGCGGAGUCGGCAGUGUCCAUUCUAUCCCAUAUGCCAUCAGCAAUCCAUACCCGUGGAAUUCAUGGAGCGCUUGGCGACCUGCUGCAGCAAUCCAUUAUGCUCCACUGCCGGUAGUGAAACCACAGAAAACUAUCGUUCAGGCCAAUCUCGGUGGCGGGUUGGAUCCAUGGAACUACGGGGCGUUCUACGGAACUGGAAUUUACGGUUUCGGGUUCAAUAAUUACAUCCCAGUUAGACUGGCGUAGUGAGAAUUCAGUUAAGAAAUCGGGAAAUAAAACGAUGUCGUUAUUGAAAGAAAUAUAGGAACAGUGAAAA